AGAAAAUUUAGGGCGGAUUUGCGCAAAUAUUGCAAUAAUAAUGUUGUCUACGUUUGUGACAAUUGCUCUGUUCGGAUUUGGCUUUAACUAUUUUCUUAAUUACAGAGACUGGCUAGACUGGAACAAAGACCUGUUUAACAUUAAACCCGGUGCUUGCGAAACUAUCAUUAAGGGUAAGACAAACAAUCGUGGCUUUAACGUAAAAGAUAUGAGAAUAUCCUUUGGAAAAAUUGAAUGCAGCCGAACAAAGUGAUAAAAGAAUGUUUAUGAACGAAACGUUCAACACUCCUCACGCCCUUGACACUAGUUUACGCAGAAUCAUACAGAUACCUUCCAAUAAACAAUACUGAUUUAAGUCUAAGUGACUUUGUUUGCUUUGAAAUAAACAGAUGGACUUCUUACUUGCGCACUAAAUGAUUAUGUUUAGAACAUUAUAAUUAUUUUAUAUUAUAUUCAAAUAUGUAUUGAGUUGUUUGUAGAAUUGCAAUGCCACAAUAUCGCACCAAGCUGUGUUUUAUUUAGCAGUUUUUCACAUAUUUGUAUUUUUUCUGGCUAUUAUGCCAGACCAGUGAGUGAAAUAUUUGGUUACAGAAUUCACUGCAACCAUUCACAUCUCUAAAAUAUUCUAUAGAAUGUUAGAGGUAAAUACAUGUACUCAUAAAAGCUUCAAAACCAUAUAAAUUUAUAAAAAUAUUGAAUUUGUUAACUCUGCAAAAACUCAAAGCAACUGAAAACACAUAUACAAUGAAGAUUUGUAGCAACGUUUCUAUAUAGUAAAUAUAAAAACCGAAAAUGUUAAAGUAGAAGUACUUCAUACAUUGCUUUUAUAAAUAACUGUAAUUUCAGAGGGCGGGUCAGAAGAUGUUACACAUAUAGGAAAUGGUAUUGUUUUGAUAUCAACGGUAAUUAUAAGAAUCAUUGUAUAUAAAACAGCAUACCAUUACAACUGUCAUUGUAUUUAAAUUGUUUAAGAUUUAUUACUAUUUAAUGGAAAUAACAUUUUGUUCUUCUUUUUACUCAUUAAUCUGUGUUAUAUAGUAGCCAUGUUCUACGACCAAAAUGAAAGAACAAAAUUCAGUUCGAUAUGUUGUAUUUAUAUUUUAAGGGUUUUGCAUAUAUUGGACCACCUGGAAAUAUCAAAGCCGUUGACUUGAAUAAUGGAAACAAGGUGAUGACAUUAAAUAUGUCAGAUGUACCAUCAAGGACAGACUUCCUGUCUUCGCCUCAUGGAAUCACCACUUGGCGCGAUCCGGAUACAAGUAAAGUGUUGCAUUUUUUUUAUCUCAUGAAGUUAUACAGCUGAGUGCCCUCAUAGGGAUAUUACAUAGUGAAAUCCUGGUAUAUGUCUAUGUUCUCUUUCUGGAUAUUAUGUUCGCAUGCCUGUGAGAUCAGAUUCCCUGAUACGACUUUAUUAUCGUUAUAUCUUAAUUGCUUUUACCUUAUAGCAUAAUGAAAUUGUUUUACUGUCGGUGCUGUAUUUAGUCUUCAUGUGCGUAAUGAAAAGAUAUUUGUCUUUUUGGUUCCGUUAAAUAAUGCAUGAUAUACUGCACAUGUGGUCCUCAAACUCCUGUAACAGUUACACGGUGCAUGAUGACGCAUGUUUUCUUCACUGCUGACAGAAAAAUGUAUCUGUGCUUUAACUUUGUUUGAGGUAUCACACUAUCAUUGCUUUAACAAAAUAUGUAGCUUCAUACUGACGCUCAACACAAGAUAUGCAUUCUUCGAUUAGAGUAUACAAAGGAAACUGUAUUUCAUGUUUCUUCUAUUAACCUUAUGAAUUUCAAACCUUUUUCCUAGUGUUGUAGCUAUCUGUCAAUAGUCCUCGUCAGCGCUGUUUAGAUAUAACAUAUCGUCUUCCAAUUUUUCAGACCAGCUAUUUCUGUAUGUGAUAUGUCAUCCAAAGCCAGAAGAUCUAAUAGAAGUGUUUGAGGUCCUCAAGUCUUUGACCUUGAAAUAAGUGCGGACAAUAACAGACCCGAGGUUUCACUACAUGAAUGACAUGGUAGCCGUAGGAAGAGACAAAUUUUACAUCACGAAAUUUGCCCAUUUCCGUGACUACAGAAACUAUAACUUGGAGAUAUUUAGUGGCAUGAAGUUAGGCGGAAUAUUUUAUUAUGAUGGUCACAAGGCUCGGGAGGUUGCCUCAGGAUACUAUGUACCUAAUGGAAUCAACAUCUCACCAGACAAAAAGGUAAUAUAUGUCGCAGAAGCGGGGACGAAGACAUUAAGAGGUUUCCGAAGGGAUUCUUCAAAUAACCUGGUUGAAAUAUGGAGCAGAUACACAGGAACUAUCACUGACAACAUUGAAGUUGACCCCGAUACUGGUGAUCUCUGGAUUGGAUGUCAUCCUGUAGCAUGGAAAGUACUUGACCUCUUCUUUGGGACCGUUCCUCCGUGUCAGGUGGUCCGAGCAAAGAUGCAAGAUAACGCGGUGUCGGAAAUGGAAAUCAUUUACCAAGACGACGGAACGAAUUGUGCCGGAUCAACUGCAGCUACCCAUGCCGCCGGGAAAAUGAUUGUUGGGACAGUUAGUAAUCAAGCCGUUGUUUGUGAUGUUGAAUAUCUAACGCCAAACUAAAACUAUACCACACUGUAAUAUAUACCUACACAAAGUCCUCUUAUAAACGCGUCGCUGUUGACAAACGUUAUAAAACUGAAAUCAACAGAUCGUUUUAGAAUUAUACUUAAAAUAAUUAAAAAUAUUACUUUAUAGGAUGGAUUUGGACUUAAAGUUAUAAACAUGCAUUUGAAUAAUAAAUGAAGUAUAAAUUUCUUUGGUUUUUUAUCACGGUGAUUCGCAGCUACACAUUUUACUAUGGAGCUGAGUAAGCGUAAAAAAGGUUUCUUAAAUCAAAAUUAUUAAUAAAACUUUUUAAAAGUUAUUAACAAUGAAAAUAAGAAGAAACCAGAGUUGGAUUUCAACGCUGGGAUCACUGACUUGUGUUAUUCUGCAAACGUUAAUCUUGUAAGGACAAAAGUCGUCCGGUUUGGUAGGAACGAAUCUAUCCUGUUGUAUGGAAAACAUUGAUUUUCAGAAAUGUAGCGUUAUAGUGCAUUGUAACGAAUAUGUUUUCAAACAUUUAAUACAAAGUCUUUUGCAUAAAUACUUACGUUCGUCUGAUUACUUCAAACGUUCGACAUCAAAAGUUUAAAAUGAAGGUUCUCUUUGGCUCGCAUUACCUUUCUUCCCAAAGGUGUGUAUGUCUGUGUUCCUACCGUGUUCAUUCAUUUGUUUAUUUACCUUACUGAACAUAUGUCUUUCACUAUGUAUGUUUAUGCGUAUAUAACUGUCCUAAUUGGAACUGUUUUAUAUGGAACAUUGUCCUUGUUUCUUAAUUAAGCAUCCACUCGCAUUACUUGCGAGGUAAUGUUUUUUUUUUCUAAAUUACAACAUGAAGGCAUAAUACCAUGAAAUUAAAUAAUAGAGAAGAGAAUUCGAUUUAAACAGAUAUUAGGGCCGGUGUAACGUUGUAAACUGACCCCCAUUAAAUAAUGACCCCCUUUCUAUAAAAUACUGACCUCCCUUAUAAAAUAAUGACCCCCUUAUUUUAUCUAUAAAAUAUUGACCCCCACCUAACCUAUUACUAAUAUACUCUAUAUCAAUUCAAGUCACUGUCGUGUUUCUAUUACUUAUAUUUGUUGUUGUUGUUGUUUCUGCUGCUGCUGCUCCAUCUACAGCUGACACAACAGCAGUAUAACCUGAAAUAAAAGUACAUCUAUUGAAAAAUGAAAUUUAAAAGGGUUUUCAUUUGAAUUAUCAUUACUGUACUUAAGGAGAAGCAUUACAAAAAUAGAAGAUAUACCUAAGUCGUUUUAAGGUUACUAUAGAAAUAGAGAGAACCGAUAUUUAGGCUAGAGGAUAAUUAAUUAGUCAUCUGAAAUGAUUUUGGUCAUGUUUUCAUGAUAGAAAAUGAGAUCAUCCUUUAGAAAUAAAACAUUAACGAAAAUAGAAACAUUUGGAAAUAUAUUUUAUAUGCUGGUUCGUCAUCGAUUUUGGGCCUUUAUAUAGCCUAUUUUACGGGGAAGAUUUGUUUCUUUGUCUCUCUAGAUAUGGCAUUUGAUAAACACUACCCGAAGAGGACCAGACUAGAAAGAUUCACAUCAUGUGAUAUCAGCGAUCUGACGCUAAUCACAUUUUUACUGGUCACUCAUUCUAAUUGUUUUUCCUCCCGAGCAAGUUGUGUAUAUUUGAUUUUUUUUUAUGUCGUUACAAACAUUAUUGCAGAUUAGCUAAAAUAUUUGUUGAUAAAUACUUACCACUUUUGUGAGCCUCGGUGGCGCAAUGGUAGCGCGCUUGCUUAUUAAAGCGGAUAGGUCUCACCAAAGGGAUAUUGUUUCGCCGUAUCAAACCUUUGCCAAUAGAAACAGAUGACCUAAUGGAAGGGGGAUACAUAAAGGAAUCCUUUUGCAACUUGGAAACCCUGCAACUUUCAAGGUACACGGUAGAACAUACUUAGAACACAGAUCACGAAACUCCUGCUUUAAAGGUGCAUGACUUUUUGUUUAGAACAUGUUUUAGCUCUAAAUCUUUUUGUUACCUAUAAAAGUUUUAUGCUUCAAGUAUUUCAACAGGCUUAAGUAUUAUUUUUCCAAGAUUUUUCCAAGAUUCGGUGAGAGAGUACCUUUAACAGCCUCGUAUCUUUGUGACAUCGCAUUAUAUGCAAGAAGAAACGUAUAAUUAUGUUAGGCAUACAUGUAUAUAAUUAUUAAUUUACCUUCUGUACAUUGUAGUGUAAGCAUUCUGGAAUUUAUAGUAAUGAUGAUUUUGUCCGAAAUUUUAGAGGAGACAUCAUUAUAUUACUGCAUCCUACAUGUUGCACUAAUUUUGCAAUAGCAUGGGCUCGCGGGCUCAUUCCGAAACAAGAGCUGUCAGUUGACAGCGCGCUCGACUAUUCUCAGUGCUUGAUAGUAUAAUAUAAGCUAUGAGUAAAACUUUAACAUUACAAUAAGCAUAUUCUAAGUCGAAAAGGAGCCAUAAUUCAGUCAAAAUGCUUGAUAGAGUUGCCUCCACCUUUUUUACAGACUGGGGGCAUGAUGGUAAACAAGUAUGCAAAAUAUGAAAGCAAUAUCUCAAUGGACUUUGGAAAUAUUUGGGGUGGUACGCAAACUUUAACAUUACAAUAAGCAUACUCUAAGUCGAAAAGGGGCCAUAAUUCAGUCAAAAUGCUUGAUAGAGUUGUCUGCUCCUGUUUACAGACUGGGGUCAUGAUGGUAAACAAGUAUACAAAAUAUGAAAGCAAUAUCUCAAUGGACUUUGAAAAUAUUUUGUGUGGUACGCAAACUUUAACAUUUGUGUGACGCUCACGCUAACGCUCACGCUAACGGCGACGCCGGGGCGAGUAAGAUAGCUCCCCUAUUCUUCAAAAAGUCGAGCUAAAAUGCUAUUGACGGAUAAAUAGUUCAUUUUCUGGAGUGCUAGAUUAUAAAAAGGCAAUUUAUACGUUGAAAAGCGCAGUGUUUUAUGCCACCCCUGAAAGUGAUGUCAAAUACCCUUGACAUUCAUUAUGUCACCUAUAUGUCGCUCAUAUAUACCUCCAAAAAUAGGCGAAACGGGUGUGGGGUAGCCCAGUGGUUUUAUUACCUGUGACGCUCCUCAUCGUUAGAAAUUAUUCACAUUUCAGUAUAUUGUUGAAGAGACACCCUCCUUUGGAAUUUGGGUAUUUUUUGUCACUUUUCAGGCGUUUUUAAGUAGAAAAAGUCAACAAUUAUAUCAAUAUAAGGCAUAAAAUAUGCAAAUCGGUUUUGGGGAAGUCCCAUGCUUUAUGACCUGUGACGCCCAUGACAAUAAGAUGCUGUUCGAAUUUCAGUAUAAUAUAAAAAUAUAGUCAUUCCCGUAGAGGUUUGGGUGAUUUUUGUCACUUUUCAAGAGCUUUUAAGUAACACGUCUUGAGCAAUAAUUGUACCCCUUUAUAACAGUCAAAGCCAUUGCACAAUAUGUUAACAAAGUUUCUGUUACGAUACCCGUCACGACUUAUAAGAAAAAUGUAACAAAGGGCCAUAACUCCCGAACAGGUAUAGCAAAUCCAAUUUUUUUUCUUCCUGGACAACUAGGCAUCGGUAGUAGUAAUCCCUGAAAGUUUGA